GGGAAUAGGAACAAUGAACCGGGAAGAAAAGGCUGUAAUAUACGUAUCUAAUCAGUACUUGACUCAGUCUCCUUUCAUGCCGAUGGUAGAAGAUUUUGCGGAAGUUCAUUUCGAGGUGGAACUUGUCCAUUUUAUUCAGGGGAGUUCCUAUGGAUUGCCCACUCCAUGAUAGUCUACUACGCGUACAUUACAAGGGCAUGCUUCUUGAUGAAGAAAAGGGAGUAUUCUAUGAUACCAGAAUUGAUAAUAAUGGUCAGCCUGUAGAGUUCAGUUCUGGAGAAGGAAUGGUGCCUGAGGGAUUUGAGAUGUGUGUUCGUUUAAUGCUUCCGGGAGAGAUAUCUCUUGUUACAUGCCCCCCUGAUUAUGCAUACGAUAAAUUUUCAAGGCCAUCUAAUGUUCCUGAAGGUGCUCAUAUACAAUGGGAAAUUGAGCUUCUUGGUUUUGAAAUGCCCAAGGAUUGGACUGGUUUGAACUUCGAGAAUAUAAUGCAUGAAGCAGAGCAGAUCCGAGGGACGGGUAACAGACUUUUCAAAGAAGGAAAAUUUGAACUUGCAAAGGCAAAGUAUGAGAAGGUUCUUCGGGAAUUUAAUCAUGUUAAUCCACAAGAUGAUGAGGAAGGCAAAGUGUUUGUAAACACUAGAAAUCUUUUGAAUCUAAAUGUGGCGGCUUGCUUUCUUAAACUGGGAGAAUGCAGGAAGUCCAUUGAAGCAUGCAACAAGGUUUUAGAUGCAAACCCUGCCCAUGGCAAAGCUCUUUAUCGCCGUGGAAUGGCCUACAUGGCGGCUGGAGAUUUUGAAGAAGCAAAAAAUGAUUUCAACAUGAUGAUCAAAGCCGAUAAGUCAACUGAAUCUGAUGCUAAAGCUGCUCUUCUGAAAUUAAAGCAGAAGGAGCAGGAAGUUGAGAGGAGGGCUCGGAAACAAUUUAAGGGAUUAUUUGACAAGAAACCUGGGGAAAUUGCUGAUAUUGUGACAGAUGAUGGAAAAGAAGACGAGAUCGUGGAAGGAAAUCUGAAGAAUAACAACGGUGAGGCGGAAGACCCAUGUGAAGAUAAGGUAGUAGAAGAACUGCUUGAAAGGUGCAGUUGUUGCUCCUAGAAAGGGCUGGCUGUCCCGCAUGUGGCCUGCAAUUCGAAGAAUAUUUGUCAGUAUGGGGCUUCAGAUUGGGUUUGUUAUGGUCUCAGCUUUGAUUUUCCGUCUCUUUAUCAACAAGCGUGAUUAAAUUAUGGUGGACUGAUGAAAUAAUGAAGGGUAGACAAUUUUUUGUCUUGAGAAAAUAAUGAAAUUAGGAAACAAUUGUUUGUGACUGGAAGAUGAUUUUGUUGUCCUUCGGAGAUAUAACUGUAUAAUUGAUGAAUGAUGAAAUGUAUUGACAUGGAAAACUGUAUCUAUUAAUGAAGAGUUCAGAAUUUGAAUCACUAUGGUAGAGAGAUGUUUUGGAGCUC